CGGAGGACAGUCGUCAUGGCCGCCUCUAAGCCCGUGGAGGCGGCGAUGGCGGCGGCGGCGGCUGCGCCCGGUUCUGGAAAUGGAGUGGGCGGUGGCGGCGGGACUGGGGGCUCGGGCGCGGGGACCCUGCCGCGAUGGCACGUGGCGCUGGCCAUCGGCGCGCCCCUGUUGCUGGGUGCUGGGGCUGUGUACCUGUGGAGCCGAAGGCGGAGGCGCCGCGAGGCGGGAGGCCGGGGCGACGCCAGCGGCCUGAAGCGAAACAGUGAACGAAAGACCCCGGAGGGCAGGGCCAGUCCGGCCCUGGGCAGCGGCCACCCCGACGGUUCUGGUGACUCCCUGGAAAUGAGCUCUCUGGAUAGAGCCCAAGCAGCCAAAAACAAAGGCAACAAAUAUUUCAAGGCCGGAAAAUAUGAGCAAGCCAUUCAGUGUUACACUGAGGCUAUUAGUCUGUGCCCUACUGAGAAGAAUGUAGACCUUUCUACAUUUUAUCAGAACAGAGCUGCUGCCUUUGAACAGUUGCAAAAAUGGAAAGAAGUGGCACAAGAUUGUACAAAGGCUGUUGAACUUAACCCCAAAUAUGUGAAAGCUCUCUUUAGACGUGCAAAAGCCCAUGAGAAGCUCGACAAUAAGAAGGAGUGUUUAGAAGAUGUCACUGCUGUGUGUAUAUUAGAAGGGUUCCAAAAUGAACAGAGCAUGCUGUUAGCUGACAAAGUUUUGAAACUUCUUGGGAAAGAAAAUGCCAAAGAAAAAUAUAAGAACCGUGAGCCUCUGAUGCCAUCUCCACAGUUUAUUAAGUCUUACUUUAGUUCUUUCACGGAUGAUAUAAUUUCUCAACCAAUGCUUAAAGGAGAGAAGUCUGACGAAGAUAAAGACAAGGAAGGAGAAGCUUUAGAAGUAAAAGAAAAUUCUGGAUAUUUGAAAGCUAAACAAUAUAUGGAAGAAGAAAACUAUGACAAAAUUAUAAGUGAAUGCUCAAAGGAAAUAGAUGGUCAAGGCAAAUACAUGGCAGAAGCGUUACUACUGCGAGCCACCUUCUACCUGCUCAUUGGCAGUGCCAACGCUGCCAAACCUGACUUGGAUAAGGUCAUCAGUCUGAAGGAAGCCAAUGUGAAGCUUCGAGCAAACGCCCUCAUCAAAAGAGGCACCAUGUGCAUGCAGCAGCAGCAGCCCAUGCUGUCUACGCAAGACUUCAACAUGGCUGCUGAGAUCGAUCCUCAGAACUCAGACGUGUAUCACCACCGAGGACAGCUGAAAAUUCUGCUGGAUCUAGUUGAAGAAGCAGUGGCAGAUUUUGAUGCAUGCAUUAGAUUAAGACCCAAGUUUGCUCUGGCACAAGCUCAGAAGUGUUUUGCACUGUAUCGCCAGGCAUAUACAGCAAACAAUUCUUCACAAGUCCAGGCAGCUAUGAAAGGUUUUGAAGAGGUCAUAAAGAAAUUUCCAAGGUGUGCUGAAGGCUAUGCACUUUACGCUCAGGCAUUAACAGAUCAACAACAGUUUGGUAAAGCUGAUGAAAUGUAUGAUAAAUGUAUUGAUUUGGAACCAGAUAAUGCUACAACUUAUGUUCAUAAAGGUUUACUUCAACUUCAGUGGAAACAAGAUUUGGAUAAAGGUUUGGAGCUUAUCAGCAAAGCUAUUGAAAUUGACAACAAAUGUGAUUUUGCAUAUGAAACCAUGGGAACUAUUGAAGUGCAAAGAGGAAACAUGGAGAAAGCCAUUGACAUGUUCAACAAAGCUAUCAACCUGGCCAAGUCAGAAAUGGAGAUGGCUCACCUGUAUUCACUUUGCGAUGCUGCCCAUGCCCAGACAGAAGUAGCAAAGAAAUACGGAUUAAAACCACCGACAUUAUAAAAACCAGGGGAAAACAGACUGACUCUUUUUAAAAGAAGUUUACCCCCUCUUCAACUGAACCCUGAAGACACUGUCAUGAAUUGUUGAAUGGUGGAACUUAGGAUUCCCUUUGUGAUGUUGUCAUUCGUUACAUCUGUUUCAUGUUUAGGUGUUGUGGGCGUGGCUGUUGAAGGAAGUUUGCAGCCUUGCAGCUUUUAUUCCCUGUGCAACAAGAGCUUAGAACCUGUUAAAGGGAUAUUAAAACAAAGUUGUAGAAUACAAAUAGUAAUUGGCCAUGCAAAUAAAAACUUUGAUUUGUUGAUUUGUUUUUUUUUUUUUUAAUGGGGUGGGGAUUAUGUUCUGAAUGAUUUUGUUUUUAUAGCUGUUUGUAUAAUAUAUGAGUGUUUUAUAGUAUGUUGGUCUUUAACAUAGUAAGUGCUGUAAAAUAGACUUCUUUUGUAUUCAAUUAAUCCUUUUUAAUUUUUUUGAAGGAUGAAAGCUUCAAUAUGGAUUUCAGUAAAACUGAAAGAUUGUAAGCUAUUGUCAGCAUGCACAGUGCCUCUGAUUCUGUAGAACUUUAGUAAAUUAUGCAGAAGCAAAAUAUUCUGAUUGACACUUGUACAGGAAGACAGUUAAUGAGGACUGAACAAAGGAAGGUAAGAUGAAAGAGACCUGUAUAUACUUGCCCGUGCCUAUUCCAUAGUAAGUACUAUUUAAUGGUAUGCUUUUUAAAGAAAGUGGGUGUAUGUGAACAGCCCACAUACAGAUGGAGUACAUGUGAUGAUAAUAUAGGAAUAUUUAAUUAGCUUAAAUUUUCUAGUGACAGGAAUAUUGUAAAGGUUCAGAAGGGUGUCAGUCCUGGAGCCAGACUAUCCUUUUUUGAAAUGGCAAGUUUAGUGCUUUAGCUGUGGCUGUAUUAACUUAAG